AUGAAGUGUGGCAAGCGUCUGCAGGCAUCAGUUCUGCUGCUGCACAUUCACCGCUCCUUGCAGUCGCUGCAGAGGCUUUACACCUGCGUGACGCUACCGGAGUUGCAAGAGGAGAGGCAGCUAGUGGGCGGGACGGCAACGGGAGAAUCGCCCCACCGCGCUGACGCCCACCGCGUCCGGGCUGCUUUGCCUACGUCGUUUCCCCCAGAUCCGCACACCGCCGAGGAGGGGGAUCGCGUGCUUCGAUUCUUCUGCCAAGAGUUGGGCAUGGGCGAAGCACCUCUGCGCCAGUGGCGGCACAAACUGCAGCAGAAGUCGGCACAGCGCUGGGGUGUGCCGAAGACGCCGUCUUCAUUGCUGUUUCCACCCAUGUCAUCUUUGUCGUCAUCGCAGAAUACGCCUGGUCUCCACCCCACUGCUGUGGAUGGUGGCACCACCGUCCCCUGCUGGACACGUGUUCGUGAUGCUCAAGCUGCUACCACGUCGGCACCAUCGGCCAGCGCUGCUCCUUCUUCGGCUGCCUAUGCCAGUGAAUCGGUGUCUUCAUCGUCCUUCUUGUGGCUGCGGCCUCGAUUGCAGGAUAUUGCUGUCGUUCAGUCUGCCAUGCGGAACCUCCAGUUCAUGGUUUCACCUUUCCUGCUCCUCUCCCCUCCUCCGCUGGUGGCUGCGUCGCCACCGGGCUCAGGCAGCACUGACCCCAGCGCCGCUGUUCCUCACAACGCCGCGCGCCCUGCAUCGUACGAGGAAUGCAGCCGUUGGUAUGCGACCCGACCCAUCCCAGCUGGCAUGUUUCUCAUGAGUCUGCCGACAGAGGCGGUGCUGUUUGCCAAUCCGCCGCCGGCUACUGAUCCACUGAUUACGUUCUACAUGCAAGUGGAGGAGCUUGUGGGCCAACUCGUGAGCGCUGUCGCGGACGUCGCCUCGCCGCAUCAUGGUUACGCAUCCUACCUGUGCGACAGCGUCGUGCCGAGUCGAAAUCUGCCGUUCCUAACCACAGCGGACGUGCAGCAGCUCUUUAGAGCGACUACAGAUGGAUCGACAACGCAGCCACCCCAGGUGCCUGCACACUCCGCUGAUGUUGGUGAUGACGCCAGCGAGGCGGUCGACAGCCCUGCACUCUCGCUCAUGUCCUUCUUCCACGAAGACAUGGCUGGCGAGCCGCUCAGUGACUACCUGCGCACGCGCCUCUCUCGCCCUGAGUAUGCGUGGUGGGUGAGCCUCGUUCUCUCCCACCGCACCGGCACCACAAGUCUACUGCCCAUGAUCGACAAGCUGAACCACAGCCCCUUCCCGAACUGCUACUACACUAUGGCCACCGAGGAUACCAUGUGCGGCAUUGACGUCCUGGACAACCUUCUUGCUGGCGUGCCGGGAGAGCUUCUCUACCAGCCAUACGUACACGUCUUCGCGCUGCGCGAUAUUCCGGCGGGCGCAGAGCUGACAUUGUGCUACGCCUCGGCGUCCGAUGGGGCGUACAAGCCUGCCGGUCGGCACCUGUUCGCACAGCCACCGUCCCUGCUUGCGGAGGAGAGGAGUGAUGCGCGUCGGCACGGCAGCGCUGCUAUUGCAGACGCGGGGGAUAUCGAGGAGGUGAUGCGCACUCUAUUCCCUCACUCCGAUGUGGUCGCACUAGCGGAAAGCGUCGGUGGCAUCAGCGGCGGCGGUGCCAACGUUGACUCUGCCUUCGCCUCUCAACUUCGGCGGCUGCAACACCCUGGGAGGCAGGAAGUUGACACGCCUGAGGGCAAAGCAAGCUGGCUACUCCAGUGGGGCUUUGUGCCGCCGUGUGAUGCUCUCUACAGUGCGCAGGACUUGCGCGAGAUGGCGACGCUAAUUGUGGAGCGGCGCGUGGGCAUGCGAUCGUCGCUGUUUCCGCGGGUCGGGUAG